UGGGUUCUUGUAUGCUAGUGUAGUUGAGGAUGUGGUCACAGGGUUCUUCAUGAACUGUAGUGGUUGGAGAUCAGUGUUCUGUAAUCCUCCGAAGCCCCAGUUUACGGGAAUUGCAACUACAAAUUUGAAUGAUUUGUUGAUUCAGGGAACAAGAUGGAGCUCCGGCUUAAUUGAGAUUGCACUGAGCAAGUUUUGCCCACUCAUAUAUGGCCCUUUUAACAUAUCUCUACUUCAGAGUUUGUGUUAUGCAGAACUCGCACUCUUCCCUCUUUAUUUCUUCCCCAUAUGUUGCUUUGCCAUUAUCCCUCAACUUUGCUUACUCCAUGGGAUCCCCUUGUACCCAAAGGUUUCAGAUCCAAAUUUCUUCAUCUUUGCCUUUAUCUUUCUAUCAGCACAAUGCAAGCACUUGCAAGAAGUGCUCACAACGGGAGGCACAUUCCAGAACUUCUUAAACGAACAGCGAAUGUGGAUGAUCAAAUCAACCACAAGCCACCUUUAUGGAUGUCUCAAUGCUAUUCUCAACAGUCUCAGUCUGAAAAAGUCAACUUUCUUGCCAACCAACAAAUUAAAGAAGAAGAAGAAGAAGGACAAGACAAGGAACAAAGAACAACGUUGUACCAAAUGGACAUGUUCGAUUUCAGAACCUCACACAUGUUUCUCGUCCCAUUGCUUGCCUUUCUCUCCAUCAACGUUUCAUGCUUCAUUGGAGGACUGUGUAGGGUGGUGGUUUUUGAAGAAGGAAACUGGGAAGACAUGUUUCUGCAGAUUUUGAUUUCUGGGUAUGUCAUUGUUGUGAACUAUCCUAUCAUUGAAGGCUUGCUUCUGAGAAAAGACAAGGGACGUGUUCCCACUUCUGUUGUUCCUUCUUUUGUUGCCUUGUUCGUCAUUAUCCAUUUGGGUUUCUUCCUUCUUUUAAGGAUUUUGUAAGUCUCUUCUCUGUCAUAUGCUCUCUUUCUCGUCAUGUAUUAAAGCUUAGAAGGCUGUUAUGAAGAGAUAUUAUUGAUUAGCUACGAAUAAAAUCUUUACAUUGGAUCUGUAGGAUGUGAACUGAAUGUUUGUGCAUUAUUAUUACCCCAAUGUUAACCUUGGUUGGUUUGGUGAA